AUUCGUACCAAAGCGACGCUGCAAUCCUACCGUCUUUCGUUUAGCCUAUACAAACUAGUCUAGUAUUUCCUCUCUUACUUGUAUUUCUUUUUUACACCAGGUGGUUCUGUGUGUGACAUAGCAAUAACAAUAACAAAAUAAAAUAGUUGGUGUGCACGCUAAACUUGAGUAAACGACACUGAACAAGCAACAAACUACAACAGAAAUGCCAUCUUUUCCGGAAACGGCAUGCAUGCACAGCUGUUGCCCAACCAGCAUUUGGCUAUGCCCUGGGGACAGGCGGUCUAUUUGAAAAAGAUACAAUGAAUGGAUGCAUGCGUGCGCAUUGCAGCCACCAGUCACCGUCAAAGGCAUCGCUCCCUCCUCGAUCCUCUCAUUUCUGAUUUCGCAUUUCAACUUCACGUCUUAUGCCGAUUGUGUUGAACCAGACGCCGCGAGACGGCGCAUUUCUCGGCCUCUUCGUCGGAGACGCUCUCGCCAUGCCCGUGCACUGGUACUACGACGCUGGCGCAAUCAAACGCGACUACAACGGCUGGCUGACCGGCUACAAGGCUCCGAACCACCGACACCCGAGCAGUAUGAUCGCCAUAUCGUCGACGACCGGCGGAGGACGCAAACCGCCUAGAUCGAGCGCUCACCAAUACCCUCAAGUGCCCGUCGUCGGGAAACUCAUUCUUCACGACAAAUUGAAAUUCUGGACGAAAGCGGGAGAGUCGAUUCACUACCACCAAGGCCUCGACGCCGGAGACAACACUCUCAACGCGCUCUGCGCUCUACAGGUCGCUCAAGCACUCAAAUCGCAGGCAAAACACACUGCAGAUAUUACUUGUCGUGCCGCCGCUCUCGAAGCUUACGUCAAGUUCAUGACGACGCCGGGAACGCACGGCGAUACGUACGCCGAGUCCUUUCAUCGAGCCUUCUUCAAGGACUGGGACGCGGCCGGACGACCGACGAAAGGCGAGGAAAUCGUGAAGUUCGCCGAGCGUCGCUUCAAACGCGUCGCAUUUAGCGGAAAGGAGGACUCGCAUUUGGCUACUAUCGGAGCGCUCGUGAUGGCGCUACCCUUCCUACUGCGUUCGUUGGACGACGAAGAAGACGUGGCGGUCAGACAAGCGGUCGACUGGGUUAUGCUCACGAAUCCCGCACCAUCCAUUAUACCGCACGUUGAGUUAUACGCUCAGUCACUACACCGCUGCCUACACGGCGCCGACGCGCGCUACGUCGCAAAACGCGCGCUAACGUCGACACAACUCGGCGGGCACGCGCUAAUGAAACGCGUCGAAAGCAUGGAGAAAGAAAUCGUUCACGCACGAAGCAACAUGCUCCCGAGCGAGCAACUCCUACGUCUCUAUCAAACAGCGACGUGGGAGCUCGGCUCCAACUGCCAAAUCCACGGCGCACUCAAAUCCCUCUUCUUCCUCGCCUACAUGUUCUCAAACAACUUCGAAGCCGGAGUACUCACCAACACCAACUGCGGCGGCGAGAAUUGCCAUCGAGGAGCGGCUCUGGGUGCGCUACUCGGUGCCGCAGCCGUUCACCAAGGUCAAGGCAUCCCGCAGCAGUUUGUUGACAACCUUGGCUCUUCGAAGGCCGCCAUACUCAAGAUGGUACCGCUGUAUGCAGCCGACACGGUCAAGAGCACCGAGAAACGUUAGGAUAUUUAUAUAGACUCGAUAGAGGACAUUGAAAGUAGAUGAUUCGUAUGCUAUUCGUAUAUCUUGUUCUAUACCUCCUUAUAUACUUAAAUCCAAAAAUAUAACGAUUUCAUGCAUUUAAA